UGCCCGGUCUCUUGUUGAUUGUUGAUAGAUGACUGCGGGCAUAUCAUCAAGAAACUAAUAAACCAUCAAGGCAUAUUACAUCUUAUGAAGAAACCAAGAUGAUAUCUAGGUUCACCUUCAUCGCAUCCCUGGCCUCUGUCGCCAGAGGAUCUCAACCUGGAGCUCCUGCGCCGGUCGCUGCUCCAAUGCGAGACUUGGAAUGGGGACAGCUCAACCUCAUACACACUACAGAUACCCAUGGUUGGCUUAGUGGACAUCUAAAGGAGCCACAGUACUCGGCUGACUGGGGUGACUAUGUCUCCUUCACGAGUCAUAUGCGACGGAAGGCGGACGAGAAAGGGGUUGACUUAUUGGUCAUCGAUACCGGCGAUCGGGUAGAAGGAAAUGGCCUCUACGAUGCUUCGAACCCGAAAGGCAAAUAUACCUACGACAUAAUUCGCGAACAGGACAUAAACAUCCUUUGCUCUGGGAAUCAUGAGCUGUACCAACCCGGGUCUGUCGAUCGCGAGCACAACACCACCGUUCCAAACUUCAAGCACUCGUACAUCGCAUCCAAUCUCGACUACAUCGAACCCGAGACUGGAAACCAAAUCCCCCAAGCGCAACGGUACAUCAAGUUCAAGACCAAGAACCAAGGCUACAAUGUCGUCGCGCUAGGCUUUAUAUUCAACUUUGAGCGCAAUGCGAAUAACAGCGUUGUAACGCCUGUUGAAGAGGCUAUGAAACAGGAGUGGUUCCAAACCGCCAUCAGGGAGAAGCCCGAUAUCUUCCUUGUCGCCGGCCAUGUUGGUCUUCGGAUGAAGGAAUUUGAGCAAAUCUUCAAGGUCAUCAGAGACGAGAACUGGUACACCCCUAUCGUCUUCCUUGGCGGUCACGCACAUGUGCGCGAUGCAAGGAAAUUCGACGACAACGCUUUCGCUCUUGCCAGCGGCCGCUACUUUGAGACCAUAGGAUGGAUGUCUGUCGAUGGGAUCAAGAAGAAGACUGCAAAGGAGGUUUCUACCGAGGCUACAGCAACCUUUAAGAGGCGAUACAUCGACAACAACUUGCUCGGCCUGUACCAUCAUACCGGUUUGAAUGAAACGACCUUCCCCACAGAGCACGGUCGCAAUGUUAGCAAGAUGAUUACCAAGGGUCGUAAAGCAUUGAAGCUGGAUCAUUCCUUUGGCUGUGCUCCACAAGAUCUCUGGACAAAUCGAGCUCCCUACCCCAGCGAGAACAGCAUAUUUAGCUGGCUCGAGACCCAAGUUCUCCCCAAGUCCAUCGUCAACGAAGAGAGGAAGAAUGCUUCCAGAUUAGCUAUUCUGAACACCGGCGCCAUUCGUUUUGACAUCUUCAAGGGUCAUUUUACCAAAGACUCGGAGUAUCUUAUCUCACCCUUCGGCAGCAAGUUUAAUUACAUUCCCGAUGUCCCGUAUACCGUCGCUAGCAAGAUCAUCGGUCUACUCAAUAGCGGAGGGCCCGUGUUUAACGGCAUGCUCAAUACGAAGUACCUCAACGUCCCCGAGCAGAUGGCUCCCAACCCGUCCUUCUUCGAGGCAUCGUCUUCUGUAGAUGAGAAGACGUUUAGAGCAUUUGCCGACAAUACCGCACAGAAGCCGCUUGGCUACAAGACCGAGGUUGGCGACCCCGAAUUGGUCGGUGGGUACACAACGCGUGACGACCUCGGUGAUGAUGGCGAUGACGCAGUGCACUCUCCCAUCAAAUUCUACGCCGUGCCCAACUGCAUCCAGGCCCAGAUCAACUUCCCUCCUCCCAGCGGGAACUCAACCCAGGAUUUGAACGCCGAAGGCAAAGCAACAGACCCAGAGAAAGUGGACCUCGUCUUCAUCGACUACGUCCAGCCGUGGAUCAUCCCGGCCCUUAAGUUCAGCGGUGGCGAUUAUAGCACCGACGAUGUAAAGCCGUACGUAAACGGCACCCUGACCGAUCACAUUGCCGGCUGGGUCAAGAGUAACUGGAAGAGGCACUGCUGAGUGCUGAACUGAGGAGAUCAGUUCGAUAAACCUGCAUUUCUAGGGUAUCUAGGUUUGAUACAAGGCGUGGCAAGCUAG